CGUUUCAUGCAUGAAAUUCAAGCCGCGUUUUAACAAAAACUUUUCCCUUUAAACUUAGUUUUCAGUUGAGAAAUAUUUGUACUAACAUUAGACGUGUUUAUUUAAAGUGAACUUUGUAUCUAUAGAAAGGGAUAUCUUUUUGGGCCGGAAUAAAUGUUCCAUACCAUACAGCGAAGGACAUAGUUUAAAGGGACACAAUAUAUGUUGAUGCCCUUCAAUGAUUGACAGUAUUGGAAUGUCGUUCAAUUGAAAGAAUGCCAUAGUUCAUAAUACCAGAAACCAGGAAGUGAAUGGAUUAUGUUUUAAGCAAUACAUCAGGCAAUUAAUUGAACUAUUUGUGCGCGUGUGAAGGUUAUAUAUGCAGAGCAGAAUAUGGGACUUAUUGUGAACAGAGGAAAUAUUCAAAUAUAUGCAUUAUUUCUGUGUUAGUUGUGAGGAACAGAAACUGGAGAAAAUAACGUUGAAUUAAGAAAAGGACUAUGGCUUCAAACUACCCCGAUGUUGAAAAGGGAGUAGUCCAAGGUGAAGGUCGGGACAAGGUUAGCCGUCAAUCAAGUAUCGUACCUGCCCCGCCCGCUUCGGCGUUCGGCGAUGAUGACGAAGAUUACCGAAGGGUUACCAAGCAACAGAAGGACGCGGAAAAGGCGCGGGAAAAAUCGAAUAAAAAUGAGUCUGACACUAAUUUUGGAACCGCGACCUUCUCCAAAGCGCCGAAGGGACUUGAGGAAAUGCAAGCUGUGGUAGAGAUGGAGCGAAAGAGUUCCGUCAUACAAGGUGACGAGGGACAAAACGGGGAUGCGUCGUCGGAACACUCCACGGAACACUCGACGGACCACUCCGACGAACACUCUCCGUCGGAGGGUAGCGGAAAUUGGCAGGCGUUCGCGCAUGCGCGGUUCCAGACUAAGACUACGUAUAGCUACUGCUGCGCUCCGUUACAGCAGCCUCUUCUUGAAAAACGGGACAAAGCAGACGUGUUGGCGUCGCUGGCGGCGUGGGUGACGUUGUUGCGAAUCAUGGGUGACCUGCCUGAGCACGACUACGGCGAGUCGUUCGCCGUCGCGGGGGACAUAGCCUCUAUACCUGAGCCCGAGGGAGCUAUAUACAUCAUGAAAGUGCAGCAAUCCAAGCCAGUGGUUACGAGGGUCAAAGAGAACUUCUCGCGGAAAUAUUCCAAGAAGGACCUAGAUGACGCCUACAAGAAAUACUCUGAGCUGUUCCGGGACCCAGUGGGUAGCGACGCUAGCGGUGUACCUUUCCUCCAAGACAACCGUGAGUCGAUGUUAGAAAAGGUCCAGUACAUCACUGCCUUAGGGAUCUUCAAGGCCGACCUCAGAGACGAAAUAUACUGCCAGUUGUGCAAGCAGCUGACGAACAACCCGUCACGGAACAGCACAAUCAGGGGCUGGGUGAUGCUCUACAUAUUCGCCGGGAGCUUCUUACCCUCAGAGAAGUUUGCGCCCGUGUUGCUGCACGUGCUACACGCUGGGCCCACAGAGUACGCCCAGCGUGUGGAGCGGCUCCUGAGGCGGACAUUCAUGGUGGGCACACGUGGACAGCCGCCCAGCUGGUUGGAGUUUCAGGCGGCCAAAAACAGCAAGCCGAUCCUACUUCCGGUGAUCCUGAUGAACAAUCAGCGUCUGCUAGUGGAAGCGGAUACGGCCACAACCGUCAACGAGCUGUGUGGCCAGAUCGCUCACCGGAUCGGCCUUCAGGAUCGGAGCGGCUUUUCUCUGUAUAUCACACUCACUUCCAGGAUUGCGUGCCUGGGUCAUGGCCUCCACCGCAUCAUGGACGCCAUCUCCGAGUGUGAGUUGUACACCAAAGAGCAAGGCAUGCGGGAGAGUAGCAGCACGUGGCGCCUCUACUUCCGGAAGGAGUUCUUUACGCCCUGGUGCACGCCCGGAAGUGACCACGUGGCCACGGAGAUCACAUACCAACAGAUCAUGCGGGGAGUGUCGGUUGGGGAAUACAAGUGUGAAAAGGAGGAGGUGCUUGUAUUAAUGGCGGCCCAGAAAUAUUUCAUUGAUCACUCCGCUGACACGGAUGACCGUAAGCUAGAAACCUUUCUAAAAUCCUGGCUUCCAAAGGAACAGAGCGACGCUCACGAAAUCAGCUACUGGGUGUCAAAGGUCAAGGACGAAAUCAAAAACGAUUUUCUCAAGGACAAACCUCAUACAGCGUCCUUGAAAGCUGAUAUUGUGACCUUCGCAAUGAACAAGUGGUAUAACCUAUUUUCGCGGUUUUACGACGUGACUAAAAUCCAGGGACCCAAUGUUGCGUGGACUGAUGUGAUUAUUGGAAUUAAUUGUAAGGGAUAUAAUAUUAUGGACGUAAAGGAAAAUGUGAAGCUGCAUUUGUCAUUUAUUGAGAUUACACACGUUACAAAAGGAAGACACGCCGUCAGUAUCACGACGGUACAGGGCGAUGAAUACACGGCCUCCACGCUGCACACGGACGACCUGUUUACGUUACUGACGUCAUUCCAGCUUGGACUUCGACGUCGUUCAUUGUACGCCAUCUGUGUGCAAGACGCCGCGCAUUUUGAAAGUGCAAUAGGAUUCGGUCUGGCCAAAGGAGAUUUAGUCAAAUUCGACAAACCAUACGAAGCGUUUGCUGAGGAUGACGUAUACACGGGCACCUGCCUGAAGAACGGUCGCCAUGGAAACAUGCCACGUGACGUCUUAUACAUUCUCCCCACUGCUGAAGAGCCACCGGCAAAUAUAAUGGGCAUGCUGACAGUACAGCUGCGGAAGGAGACCCAGGGGAUCGCCCCUACCCCCUCAAGGGCGGCUGGAAGUACCGGACACACUCUACAGACGUAUUCCAAGUAUCACUUCCGGCAGUCUACAGAGAGCGGAGUUACAAAGUUCCUUAGCAAAGCUUCCCUUAAAAAGAAGGACAAAGAGGGGGCGUGGCGAUUCUCCAAGGAGCCCCUCAAAAAGCCUUUGCUCAGGAAACCCAAUCUUCGAGAUGACCUCCGCAAGGCCGCCAUCAAGAGUUUCAAUGCUAUCCAGAUGUACAUGGGCGAGAUGACGAGGAAGCCCGAGUUCCCAUUGGAGGCCGACAUGCUAAACGAGUGUGUGAUAGACCUCGCUAUGAGAAAUCGGUAUUUGAGGGAUGAAAUAUUUUGCCAAGUAAUGAAGCAGUUGACAGAAAAUCCAAACAGGCUGAGUGAAGAGCGCGGUUGGCAGCUGCUAUGGUUGCUUUUAACCUGCACCUACCCCCAGGCCGAUCUGUUUGACGAGCUAGAGAUGUUCCUGAGGACACACCCGAACGUGUUUGCUAAGAGAUGCCUGCCGAAACUACACGCUACUAAAAGCGAGGGUUGCCGCUACACACCGCCCCACCAGCUGGAGUACGAGGCGCUUGCCAACAAACAUCCCUCCAUCGAGUUCCACGUGCUCUUCCCUGACCAGACAAAACAGAAGAUCGAGGUGGAUUCGAGUACCCGGAUGUGCGAUAUCCACACAAACAUUGUGAAGAAACUACAACUAAAGACCGGGGACGAGUAUGGGCUGUUCUUUGGUCUGAAAGAUAAAGCCUUAGGCUCGGGAAGUGUGUUGAAUGUUGCCCACUGGGACUACUUUUUUGACCACCUCACACACAUACAGCGCUACUAUAUGAAAAUGUCAUCCACGGCCACAGAUAGUGAGCAAGCCGCACAGCAGACGCCUGUUCUGAUCUUCAUGAAGAAGAUCUGGAUGAACGCCAUCCCGGGGAGAGACAAACUAGCCGACAUCAAGUUCCAUUUUCCGCAGGAGGUGCCCAAUUACCUCCGAGGGUACCACAAGUGUACUGUCGAAGAAAGUAUCGGGCUGGGCGCCCUUCUUUUCCGUGCCAAGUACGGGGACGAACAGCAGCCAUUUGAUCACAUUGAAGACAUCAUACCAACAUUGCUCCCAAAGAAUGUUCACCAAGAAAAAUCUCCAUCUGACUGGAAGAAGCUUCUCCAGGAGAAGAUUGGACAGCACAAGUUCCCCACAAAGGACGAUGCCAAGGUCGCCUUCCUUAAGGGGAUCAGCAAGUUCCAGACAUAUGGCUCAGUCUUCUUUGAAGUCAGGCAACGAAGUACCAAGACUUAUCCAAAGCAACUACUUAUCGCAGUGAACCACAAUGGAGUCGGUCUUAUCGACGCCAUAACGAAGGAGUUACUGGUGAUGCACAGUUUUGACAAAGUUCCCAACUGGGCGUUUGACGAGUACUCGUUCACUCUCGUCAUAGGCGAGGGUUCCAGCAUAUCAAAGAUCUACAUGGAGACAAGCGUGGGACACAACAUGGACGAUCUGAUAAUGACGUACGUGGCGUACAUCAUGAACACGCACAUCAAGAAGAAACCAUCAUACGCCGGCAUUGUCGUCGGCGAAUCCAUCUGCUAAAAGAACGAUGCUUUAAAAAAGCUAUUUAAAUCAAAACGACCUUAAUUGCAUAACACCGUAUGAAGAAUGUACCACAAAAUCCAAACGGCAUUGAACUGUGUGCCUGCAAGUUGUGUGACACACCAUAUAUAUGUCUUCAGCUCAAAGAUCAAAGUCGCAUAAAUGCACUAUUCAAAUAAAAAAGAAAGUUAUGAAGGCAUUGCUUGCAAAUUAGUGAAGCGGAUACAUGUUCCACAAAAUGGCACUGAACGAUGUGCUUACAAGUCCGGAUGUCUGCGACACACUUUUUGUCUUCAGCUCAAAGAUCAAGGUCGCAUAAAUACACUAUUCAAAUCAAAAAGAAAGUUAUGAAGGCAUUGCUUGCAAAUGAGUGAAGCGGAUACAUGUACCACAAAAUGGCACUGAACGAUGUGCUUACAAGUCGGGAUAUCUGUGACACUAUUUAUGUCUUCAGCUCAAAGAUCAAGGUCGCAUAAAUACACUAUUAAAAAACAACAACAAUGAAGGCAUUGGCUGCAAAACAGUGAAAUGAAUAAAUUUUCCACAUAAUGAAACAGGGCAUUGAACUAUGUGUUUGCGAGUUGAACUAUGUGUGACACACAACAUUUAUGCGCUAAGAUCAAAGGUCAAGGUCGCAUAAAUACACUAUUCAAAUCACAUAGAAAACCAGUUGCAUUGGUUGCUAAUCAAAGUCAAAUUAAAGCCAGAUAGCAGUUUUGUCCUAUGAUAUUGAGUCUGCAGUGACGGGCACUUAUAUGGCUGUUUCAACGGUUUGUAGGAUCGAAGGCAGAUCCAUAGCAUUUUGAUUAUGGGCAGAUCCAUAGCGAUAUGAUCGGUGACAGAUCCAUAGCGAUAUGAUCCGGUGUAUAUCAAUAGCGCAAUGGUCGACGGCAAGUCCAUAGCCCUAACGAAGUGAAACUGCUGCAAACGCGUCAAAUCACACGAACACAUUUAGCUCAUAUACAUUUUGAUAUAGCAUUUUCUGAUAAGUUAGUUGUAUUGAAUGUUAAUUUUUCUUUACUGCAAAACUGUCAACAUGUAUCCAAAUUUACAACCAUAGAUCUAUAUACACCAGUGUUUGAAAAAAAAAGAAUCUCAAGUUUGUAUAUAAAAGCGUUUGGCAUAAUAGUGUAUUUAGCAUCAGUUUUGCCUUAAGGAACGAGAAUAUAACACAUUUCUAAGCAUCGUGUAAUGUAUUUGAUAUUGAAUACCAAGCUGAUUUUUGAUGUUAAUAAUGCAAGCAUCAAACAUUGGAACCUGUAGCUUAAUACCAUUCGGAACUUCUCGGCCUUGUUCAUCGAAAGCAACCGCGGAUUUAUAUGGACGGUUUACAAUGUCAGGACUCUUUACAUUUUACUACAUGCAAAUAAAUCGCGUAGUAGCUUCAAUUUAGCAGUUAAACGUGAUAACAUCACUCUUGUGAAUUUUAAUUCACUGGCACUUAACUUAGAAAUACAUGUACACCUUAAAACACAACAAUAAAUUGAUACUACUUCUAGUGAUGUAUCGUCGUACAUCCGCGGUCGUUUUUGAUGGAAAAUGGUCGAGGAAUUCCGAAUGGCUUGAAACGUGUCAAAAUUGUUGUGUGCAUUUUUUAUGUUAAAUGUUUUUUUUCAAUUGUGUUGUUGCUAAAAAUGUGUCAAAAUUAUUUUGUGUGUAUUAAUCAUAUUUAAACUUUGUCAAUUGUUUUAUAAUAUAUAAUUUAAACAGCAUAUAUAUUACUAUAUACAUAAAAUAAAAGUAAAUACAUGUA